UCAGAUUCUCUACAGUGGUUUAUUUGCGUAACCCUGUCGCCACGCGCAUCUACACAUAAAACCAAGGCUCACAAUUUACGCAAAUAGCGUUACAAAGGUCCGUAGUGACAAAGACAGCGAGCUGAGGAGGAAGGAAUAAAGAAGAAUUUCAGGCUUGGACUGCCACUUCCCGAAGAACGAAACGCACAGAGUUUCCUCAAGACCCGAUACUAGAAGACCCGUAUUUGGACGUCGCGGUGUAUGGAGUUGGGACACAUUUGAAGGGCCGUAGAAAUCGUUCACGUAUUGAUUGGGCAACUGGCAGAUUUUUCCGUUUGAAUCGUCCGUAGGGUAGGAGAGCGAGCAGCCAUGGCGGUCGGGUCAUUGAGUCUUCACAUCGGAAUAUAAAGAGGAACUGCAUGGCCCUGCAUCUAUAGGAAUAUACAGCAACCAUUCCCCAUGUCUGACCGUCUCACUUUUGUCAUUUUGUGUUCAACUGUGACCACGUUAGAGAAAUCAAACCAGCAGUGCAGUGGGUUUAUUCGGAGGCCAGCUUCAUGAUUAUUUUAUUUGGAAGACGUGUCUCCAAGGCCUAGCAACUGAAGGAAAACGAGGGCUCAAAGGGAAAUAGGAUGCUUUGAAUUACUGUUAGUGGACGAAAAAGGGUGACUGAUAGACUAAAUAACGUCUGUCAAGGCUCGUGGACAGAGGAGUUGAUUUAAAAAAUCAUAUUGUGAAUAAUCAAACAUUCAUAUUAACGAACUGUUAUUCUUUGGAUGCAAAGGUUUAGAAAGAUAAACCUACCAAGACAUCUACACUCACGUAGUCUACAGUAUUUGAUUCGGGGAUUGGAUCAUGUCUGGUCGGCCCAGAACCACCUCCUUCGCAGAGAGCUGCAAACCAGUGCCGCAGCCCUCGGCUUUUGGCUCUAUGAAAGUCAGCAGGGACAAGGAUGGCAGUAAGGUGACGACGGUGGUGGCCACCCCAGGCCAAGGGCCCGACAGGCCCCAAGAGGUCAGCUAUACAGACACCAAGGUGAUUGGGAAUGGCUCCUUCGGAGUGGUCUACCAGGCCAAGCUGUGUGACUCUGGAGAACUGCUGGCGAUCAAGAAGGUUCUGCAGGACAAGCGGUUUAAGAACCGCGAGCUGCAGAUCAUGAGGAAGCUGGACCACUGCAACAUCGUUCGCCUGCGCUACUUCUUCUACUCCAGCGGAGACAAGGUCCCUCUGCCUAAGGAUGAGGUGUAUCUGAACCUGGUACUGGACUAUGUUCCUGAGACGGUCUACAGAGUGGCCAGACACUACAGCCGAGCCAAACAGACCCUACCAAUGGUCUAUGUCAAGUUAUAUAUGUACCAGUUGUUCAGGAGUCUGGCCUACAUCCACUCGUUUGGGAUCUGCCAUCGGGACAUCAAACCCCAGAACCUGCUGCUGGACCCCGAGACGGCCGUGCUCAAACUCUGUGACUUCGGCAGCGCUAAGCAGCUGGUACGCGGAGAGCCCAACGUGUCCUACAUCUGCUCUCGCUAUUACAGAGCCCCCGAGCUCAUCUUUGGUGCCACUGACUACACCUCUAGCAUAGAUGUGUGGUCAGCUGGUUGUGUGCUAGCAGAGCUGUUGCUAGGGCAACCAAUCUUCCCCGGCGACAGUGGAGUGGAUCAGCUGGUGGAGAUCAUCAAGGUUCUGGGGACCCCUACACGGGAGCAGAUCCGAGAGAUGAACCCCAACUACACUGAGUUCAAGUUCCCCCAGAUUAAGGCACACGCAUGGACUAAGGUGAGUCAACAGGUGUUCCGGCCCCGUACGCCACCGGAGGCCAUCGCCCUGUGUUCUCGGCUGCUGGAGUACACGCCCACCUCGCGCUUCACCCCCCUGGAGGCGUGUGCACACUCCUUCUUCGACGAGCUGAGGGAUCCCAACGUCAAGCUGCCCAACGGGCGAGAAAAACCCUCCCUCUUCAACUUCACCACGCAUGAGCUGUCCAGUAAUCCCUCGCUGGCCAACAUCCUAAUCCCCGCCCACGCCCGCACUCAGGCCGCCGCCUCCACCCCAUCCAACGCCAACGCCACCGCCACCACAGAUGGUAACAGCACAGAUCGCAGCCCUAACACCAUUACUGCCUCGGCCUCUGCCUCCAACUCCACCUCCUGAACCCCCCGCCCCAGCCAGGGGUGAUGCCAGUGGAGGGAUGAUGACAUGGCAGGGUUUAAAGCAGAUGACAACUACAACAACAACUCCAAGUCACCCAUCUAGGUGUUUGAUUUCUGCAACCUACUCCACUGUGGACAUCUUUAUUGUCUGUUAGAAGGAAGGAGUGGUGGGGGACAGGGGAGGCUGAUGAAAUAUAAGAGUAUUCAUAUAUAAACGUACCCUAUAUACACAAUACUAGCCUGCUAAUGUUUCCAAGAGGACAAUCCUACGUAUCAAAGUAGACCCCCCCCCCCCCACACACACACACACACACAUUCACAUGAGGGAUCAGUCCCUUCCUCAUGUCCUCUCCAUAACCCACCCCUUCAUGUUCUCAUCACUUACCUCUGACCCCCUGCUUGGGAUGUCUACCCUGGCUCCUCCUCCUGUAGUGCAUGGCCUGAGUAAGGUUAGGAGUGACCUUUUACCGCUGCAUUGACCUCCAUACUUCUGCUAAUUAGGCAUAAGACACACACACUUAACAUUCUUACAAACACACCCCAUGCAUGAAGGUCCUGAUAUAUGUGGACACGGAUGUCAGAGGUUUGCUCUGGGUUAUUUUUAAACGGUUAGCGAACAGUUCUAUUAUGUUUUUAUUUUUGUUUUAUAUUCUCUGGGCUCGGGUUGGGUGGGAUCAUUUAGAUUGAUAUGCGUGACAUGUCUGGUUCUGUGUGCUUGUGUUAUAUAUAUAUAUAUAUACACACAGUUUAUAUAUUAUGUUGCAUUAUGUACAAAAAUAUAUAUAGAUAUAUGAAACUUCAAUGGCUCAGAAUCCAUAACGGUAAGUUGUUGGCUCACAGAGCAGGGGCAAUAUUUGCUGCUGCCUAAAGAAUGAAGAGGCAAGGUGGUGUGAUCUCUAUUGCUGGAAAAAUACUUUUUUUUUCAGCAGUCCCUUUACUAUUUCCCUGUGUGUCAUCAUUGGUAUGUUAAGGCUGUAGACCGGACUACGUGUUGUUCUAUUCCUUAACUUUCUCUCUCCAUUGAUCAUGUCACUGUGUAGUAGUGCUGUCAGUUUCUAGGGGAUGCCUCCCCCACACCUGCUCUGUCUUUACAUGAAGACAUUUUAAAGUCAUGUAUACUUUUCCUUCAACUCAUGUGCCAAACUCCAAAUCAACAGCUAGCGUCUACCCUCUAGGCACUUGAUUUGGAAUUUCAGACAUGGUUUCUGGCUAAAUUGCGAGAAGUCUUAUCUCGGCCUCUGUCACUCCUGGCUCUCUCUUAUUGUGACCACUGACUCAGUGUUUGUCUAAUAUUAAUCUGUUGGUCCAACGUUAAUUUAACGUUAGUCUAGCGUUCGUCUCCUUCUCUGCAUCUCUCUCCACCUGGACCACACAACCACCUCACUGGUACAGGCUCUGAGUCGAGCGUCUUACUUACCCAGACAUAUUCACACAGGUUCAAUAUGACAACACAACUACACAAUGUGUAUAUGUACAGUUCAUAUGCUCCUCACCAAAUCCUGACUUAUGUAUGUUGUAUUUUAUGUUGUGAUCGUGGUAUGUGUAUAUAUGCAGACCCAUGUACUGUUUAUGAGCAAAAACAAAGAUAUGGGGGAGAAAAGAAAUGAAAAUAAGAAAAAAUCAGGGCAAUAUGUUGGAGAUUGUAGAUGAUGAUGAUGCUAUAUCUAGCCGUAUAGUUCAACCUUUACCUGUACAGUACAGUAGAUAACAAGUGUAUUAUUGUAACAAUAACUAGUCAUGUAUAGUGUAUCUAUAGUUUGGAGUGCCUUUGCUUUCAUACACCUUCGCCUUGCCCCCUCACCUCCUACCCCCUUCCACAACAUGACCUUGCCCCCUCACCUCGUACCCCCUUCCAUCCCUCGUAGGUGCCGUUUAAUGACUUGCUGCCCCCCUCUGAGCUCAGUUUCAGUCUAGCGUUGUACCAAUGUUAGAUCAACUUGAGCAUUUUCUCUUUCUCGGUAUGUACACAUUCUCCUUGGUGUCAACAUGUCUUAUUCAUCCUCUGUUUUCCCUAUGUUAAGGUUAUGACAAAUCUGUAAAAACAUACAUAUAUUGUUCGAGAUUAUUGACCUGAUUUGAAGCAAAGUUUGCUUGAGCUCAAUGUUUUUUUAUGAUUUCACUAGGAUGCACAAAUAUUUUACACACACGCACACUGUAUCCAGGGUUUAAGUAUGGAUAUGAGGAUUGCCUUUUUAGGUCAACAGUGUCAUUUACAUUAGAGUACAGUAUGUAUUCAGUCAAAAUGUUGCUUCUGGUAUCAAAGCCAUUAAGCCAAUUGAUGAUAUUGAUUUUGUGACAAGCCAUUCUCAGAGGAAAUGCAGUACAUUCUCUUUUCCUUACCUCCUUCCCUCCCUCCCUCCGUCUGAGAGAUAUUCAGUAUCACCCAAGGGGUUUGUCAUGCCUCACACCCGUCCCGUCCCGCUUGCUGUAAUAUUUGCUUUCAUUGACGUGUUGCUAUCUAUCCCAUCACCAGGUCUGUGACCACUCCCCCAACUCCAGUUCAACCAGAGUGGACCAUGUCAAAUCACAUCAAAACAUUUUCAAACAGUUACCAAAAAAAGAACAAGGAUAGUGGACUAUAAAAUAUACAGACUAUGGCUUCGCACACACUCUCGUGGCAGAAGAAUAUGCUAUCUGGAUUUAAAGAAAAAAUAAAAGAUAAAAUCCCUGUAUAACAAUACUACUACUACUACUACUACUACUACUACUACUAGUACUACUUGAAUGCCUCUGUUUGUGACUGACAUUUUUAUUUCAUUUUGAAAUGUUUGUUUUUAUUCUGUGAAGGUAUGCUAAAUGUUCACCCCUGUAAAUACUUCCCCAUGUGUGCCCUGAGGAAUAGUUCCCUGGUACUGUCAUUUGCAUUAAAUAAAGAGUAGGAUAGCCUGGAAA